UCAUCGCCGUUCUGAGCUCAGUCUUAAGUGGCGCGGCUGUAGCAGCAGAAUAUUUGGCUGUAAACAGUGACACGGUGCUGUUGUCUCGAUGCGAAACGCAGGCUUUUAGGAGAGCAGUGAAAGGUCCUCAUAUUGCAACUAUGUGUGGACGGAGCAGGACGGCCUUUCUGUGUCUGUGGGCUUGCUUGCUUGUUGCCAAGAGCGUACUGGGUGGAAAAAGCUCUGGGCAGAACGGCAUGACAGAUGAACAGAAAGAUAACACUACAGUGUUCACCAAGAUCUUAGACAGCCUUCUGGAUGGCUAUGACAAUCGCCUCAGGCCAGGACUGGGAGAGCGUGUAACUGAAGUCAAGACUGACAUUUUCGUGACUAGUAUUGGGCCAGUUUCGGACCAUGACAUGGAGUACACCAUUGAUGUCUUCUUCAGACAGAGCUGGAAGGAUGAAAGGUUAAAGUUCAAAGGCCCCAUGGCGGUACUGCGUCUCAACAACCUGAUGGCCAGCAAGAUCUGGACUCCCGAUACCUUCUUUCACAAUGGCAAGAAGUCGGUGGCCCACAACAUGACCAUGCCAAACAAGCUGCUGCGGAUUACAGAGGAAGGCACGCUGCUGUAUACCAUGAGGCUUACAGUGAGAGCAGAAUGCCCCAUGCACCUGGAAGACUUCCCUAUGGAUGCCCAUGCAUGCCCACUGAAGUUUGGCAGCUAUGCCUACACUCGAGCAGAGGUGGUGUAUGUGUGGACCAGAGGGGCUGCCCAGUCUGUGGUGGUUGCAGAGGAUGGGUCCAGAUUAAACCAGUACGAUCUUAUGGGGCAGAGUGUGGAUUCUGGUGUGGUGCAGUCCAGCACAGGAGAGUAUGUUGUGAUGACAACCCACUUCCACCUGAAAAGGAAAAUUGGUUACUUUGUCAUUCAGACAUAUCUACCCUGUAUCAUGACAGUCAUCCUCUCCCAAGUGUCUUUCUGGCUCAACAGAGAGUCCGUACCUGCCAGGACUGUCUUUGGAGUGACCACUGUCCUGACCAUGACCACACUCAGUAUCAGCGCCAGGAACUCUCUCCCUAAAGUGGCCUAUGCCACAGCUAUGGACUGGUUUAUCGCUGUCUGCUAUGCCUUUGUCUUCUCGGCCCUCAUUGAGUUUGCCACAGUGAACUACUUCACCAAGAGGGGUUACGCCUGGGAUGGAAAAAGUGUGGUGCCAGAGAAGCAAAAGAAGAAGAAGGAGUCCCUCCUCAAGAAGAACAACACUACAGCCUACCCAGCUGCCACUGCUACAGCCUUCGCCCCCAAUAUUGCCAGGGACCCUGGAUUGGCCACUAUUGCCAAAAGCGCCCCACCACCCCCAACUGAGCCCAAGGAGGAGCCAAAGCCCAAGCCUCCAGAGGCCAAGAAGACCUUUAACAGUGUGAGCAAGAUAGACAGGAUUGCCAGAAUAGCCUUCCCUCUGCUCUUUGGAACCUUUAACUUGGUCUACUGGGCAACCUACUUGAAUAAGAAGCCCAAAUUGCAGGGGAUGAAUCCACACUAA